AUGUCCGAUAACGUCGGUCUGUCCACGCCCCGUGGCAGUGGAACCUCUGGCUACGUCACGAAGAACCUGGCGCACAUGAGGCCGCGCGAUCGCGCUGCACCAUAUCCCAAGAAUACCGAUUACUUACCCCACAAGCAACGGCAACCUGACCAGGGCAUUCUUGAGCAUGAUCGCAAACGCGAGGUUGAGGUCAAGGUGUUUGAGCUCCGCGACAAGCUAGAGGACGACGAAGUAGAUGAGGACGAGAUUGAAAAUCAAUGCGACGAGCUUCGACAAAAACUUAUUGACGAAAUGAAGGCUGGCAAGGGUUCGGGCGGUCCGCGACGCCAGUUCAAGGAGCACCAGGUUCACGCCAUGGCAGAUGCUAAGAUUAAGGAAUCUGAGCGAUUAAGAAAGGCACUGAAGAUAAGCUCCAAUUAUGAAGAAGGAAGUCAUUGGAGGAAACAGGAAGAACGACUAAGGGAAUCUGUGCGACCGGAAGAAGAGGCUGCUAAGCCCACGCAAGACGACUGA